AAGAGAAAAAAACAAAAGAGAAGUGAGACAGAGUAAAUACAAGAGUUUGUGAGGAAGAGAAGCUGUGACCUACUGAUACACAACCAUGUCUACCAGUGAUCCCAAAACUAUUUUACUCUUUAAUCCACCCUUGUUUACAGGAGAAAAUUACAACAUCUGGGCUAUCAAGAUGAAAACUUUUCUAAAGAGGCAAUGGUAUCUGGGACUCAAUAGAGAAUGGUUUAAUCCUCCAAGGCUGCCUAACAAUCCUACGGUAGCUCAGUUGAAGAGUCACUCAGAGUAUGUGGAAAAAGCCUACAAAGCACUUUCUUACAUGCACAGUGGUCUAGUAGAUUCAAUUUUUCCAAGACUCAUGAGUGUAGAAACAGCACAAAUGGCAUGGAAAAUUCUGAAGGAUAAGUUCAAAGUGGUUACAAGAGUUAAAGGCAACAAUGUUGUCUCACUGAAGAGGCAAUUUGAGAUGCUAAAAAUGGCUAAAGAUGAAACUGUUCACCAAUAUUCAACAAAACUUACUAAUUUGGUGAAUGAGAUCAGAACAAAUGGUGGUGAUUUUCCUGACAAAAGAAUUGUUGAGAAGAUCAUGGUUAGUGUUGUAGACAAGUUCGAGUCCAAAAUUUCAACCAUAAAAGAAACUUGUGACUGGGAUACACUGAUUGUUUCUUAGCUUAUCAGCAAAUUAAAAGCUCAUGAACAGAGAUUGAUAAUGAAAGGUGAUGGUGUAACAAUAGAAGGUGCUUCAAAGCUACACAAAGAGCUUCAACCUCAAAUAGCAAACCUUCUCUUGAUAGAAAUGAUAAAGGAAAAUCAAUUGAAAAUCACCUC